AUGCCAGUCUUGUUGCCGUCGCCGUUCUGCCGCCGCCAGGAUGAUGUACCACCACCGAGGAUCUCGAAGGGAUGUAUCACCGCCGUUGUGCUCUGUCGCCGCGCUGCCGUUGACUGGAACUCGCCGCUGAGCUGCUGCACCGUCUCCAAGCCGUUGCAUCGCCGCUCAUCUCUUAUUCACCAUCGCUGCUCAUCGCCAUGGUCGUAUCCUCUAUCACCAGAUAUAAAAUCAGGACAUGGAUUUGUUGUUGGAGAUGAAGGGUAUAGGCAGGACAGUGACAUUCAGAAAGUUAAGCUUUCAAGGGAGGCAUUGACACAGCUCUCCAAGUUAGUUGAGUCCAGAGUUAGUACAGGCUAUGCUGGUUCUUCUUCUCCAAGGAUCAUAUACUUGAACUUAUCUUCCAGUGGUUUAACUGGAAACAUAGCAUCAGCCAUAUCUAAUUUGAAGUCAAUAGGAUAUUUGGAUUUAUCAAACAACAGUUUGACAGGAUCAGUGCCUUAUUUCUUAUCUCAACUUCAUUCCUUGAAAGUUCUGAACCUGGAAGGGAAUCAACUAACAGGAGCAGUUCCAAUGCAACUCAGAGAGAAUUCAAAUAAUGGCAUGUUCAAAACCAGCAAUAGUAAUAAAGUUGUGGUCCAAUUGGUGGCAUUACUAGGUGGAGGUUUUGUGAUUCUAGCAACAACAAUCACUUCUUUCUUUAUAUUCAAAAGACAUAGAGUAGCCUCUGAAAUGGGGAAUCUGAGAGCAUAUUCAAGAAUAAAGAUGGAGUUAGAGUCAAAUAAACAGCAAUUUAGCUAUGCUGAAGUCCAAAAAAUUACCAAAAAUUUUAAAAGGGUUGUGGGAAAAGGAGCAUCUGGAACAGUGUAUCAUUGCUAUGUAGGUGAUACUGAAGUUGCUGUCAAAAUGCUGUCUCCUUCAGACUCAAACUCAGCCCAAGUAUAUCUACAAUUUCAAGCACUAUUCACCCGGUGA